AUGAAGAGGGUCUUUCAAACUUUCAUGUACUUCUCUGUCAGCUUCUUCUGGUGGGGGCGCAGUGUAGACAAGCUGACUGAGGAUGCCAAGGAGAGAUUGGAAGGGAAUGUUCCACCCAGACCAUGGUGGCAGGACAUGACAUGGCUACUGGCUGAUUUGUUGGAGUCAGACAAGGACAUGCUGGCUCUUGCAAAUCUCCUCUUCGCUGCUUAUGCCUUUGCAGCAAGCGUUGCAAUUGCUGGCUGCUUUGGUGGGCUGUCAGAUAUUGAAUUCACCCGCUUAAGGGAGCGUGCCCUCAAGUUUCUUCUCCUUAAACUUGUCAUACUGCUGGCAGUCGUCCCGGCAGGCUUGGUGGCGCGAGGGCUGGACGCGUGUGCAUGGACUAUGUGGUUCACAAUCAUGGGCUACAUGCACCUGAUAAUCGGCGUUACGAAAGACCGACUGGAACUCCUGUCCACUUACCCUCCAGUGGGCAUAAGCAAGUAUGUGCCACCCUUUGUGUUGUUGCUGCUGGUGCUGGCCCACGACUGCAUUUUGGCAGCACAGCUGUGGCAGCACACAGAAGGGCCAGUGAAGUUCGCCGUGUGGUGUCUACGAAUGUAUGACAUCGUCCACACUGGAUUGCUUGGGCUGAAGACUUUGAUCAGAUACAGCUUGUACAUUGUGGACAUGCUCUUCAUCACUCCUCAAGAAGGGGAGAAUGAGGACACGGGCCCUUGGGGCCCCAGGGAUGCCCGCAGCACUGUGCUGUUUCACAUAAUUUUUGUGUUUGAUAUGCUGAUUUACGCCCUGCUGCUUGUGGUGUACCUCCAUGUGUGGAUUCUCCAUGGCUUCACACUUGGGCUCCUCGACACUGUGCUGGUGCUGGACAUCCGCUCUGUGUUGCAUGCCCUCCACGGUCGGGUGCGCCAGUACACGGACUACCACAAGGUCACGUACACCCUCAACAAUCUCUUCCAGGAGGCCUCUCUGGAGGCCAUGGUUGAUGCGGGCGACUGCGCGAUCUGUCGCAACCCCAUGCAGACUGGCAAGGUUCUGCCCUGCCAGCACAUCUUCCACCUGUCCUGCCUGAGGGCUUGGCUGCAGCAGUGUGGGGCUCACAACUACAACUGCCCACUUUGCCGGAUGCCGCUCAUUUUCGGGCAGGCCAGGAGGGGGAGGGAGACGGAGACGGAGACUCAACAGGAGGUGACGGAGGCGAGCGAUGGCAACCAAGUCAACAGCCCCUCAACAGAAAUAAAUUUAAUAGACUUAUUUCCUGAGGAAGGGUUGAAUGACACAAAUGAGGUUGUGGCAUCCGGUCAAGAGCGUGGGGCCCACACUGCUGCUCUACAGAGCCGAAUAUUGCAUGACCCAACAUUCGGCAUGGUCCCAAGGGCUGGGGGCCAGCAGCAGGGACCAGCGGAGGAGACCCACACAUGGAGCACAGGGUCUUUGGCAUCCUCUUUCAGGGCAAUGCUGACCCUUACAAGAAAUGUCACAGAAGCUGCACUUGGCACGCAAGGCGCCGUCGCUGCCGCAAGCGCCGACGAGGGGGAAGAAGUCACCAGCCAGUUCGAGGCGGCUGACACAGACUUUGAACUGCCAACUUCCGAAAUCUUCACCCCCUCAGAAGGAUUCGAUAGAAGGUAUGUGGAGCCAGAACCACCUGAGGGCCAGUUUUCAGCCCAUGACGCCUCAACGAAUGUCCAAGAGCUGUCAACACAGCGUGCCGGCUCCCGGCGGCAGCAGGGGAGCGAGGGGGUUGCGGGGGGGAGUGAAUGGGACGUGGGGCAAUCGGACAGAGGCCACGGGGAUUCCGGGGCCGCGAUGAGCACAGAGGAGGCCAGUGGCGGGCUGCAUAGAAGGCGCGGUGACAGGGGCCUGUGGUGA